GUCACUGUCAAACGUCAAAUAUAAUGUCAAAUAAUGAUGUUUCGCGCGUUUUAUGUACGUGUGUUUAUUAAUUUUAAAAAUAUUAUCCCUUAUCUUCCAUGCAAAUUAAAACAUUCAUUAUUAAUAUGUUGAGAUGAAUCAAUUUGAACAGAUUCCAGCUCUAACAGAUGGAGCCAAAGAUUGCCUGCAGAUCAAGUGACUCAUGAAAUUUUUAGUGAAAGUGCUAGUGCCCUGUAGACUAGCGUUACAAGUACAGCUAAGAGCAACCAAAACUAUUCCUACAUAUUCACUCCGUGUGACAUCAAACCUUCCAUAUGUUAAUACCAGAACUAUGGCACAGCGCAGCAUCACAUCUUUUUUCAAAGUAACUCCCUCCAAGCAAGUGGCCAAAGAAGAAAAAUCUGAUAAAGACAAUGGCAUAGUGAAUGGUGAUGAUUCCUCAAGCAGCCCUGAUAAUACCAAGAUAUCAAAGCGACCUCGCCUAGAGAGCAGUGAUAGUGACUCAUCACCCAAAAAGAAGCAGCAGAGCACUACAGAUGGCAAAGUUAAGAAGAAAGUAAAACGGCAACGCAUUGAAAGCUCAGGGAGUGAAGCUGAGGCCUCAUCAGAGAAUGAUCACUCUCCAGCAGGCACCGCGCCCGCCACCAGCCCCUCACCAAAAAAGCCACAGAUUAAAGUUGAAAAGUCUUCACCUAAAACAUACCAAUCGCCUAAAAGUAAAAAGAAGAAACCACUUACAGAACCCAACGGGAUCAAGAAGAGUCCCUCACCAAAAAAAAUUAAGAAAGAGAAUUCUACAGAGGACACCAAACACGAGAGUACAGUGAAGGAAGAGAAGGGCGAUGUCCUGGAGCUGAGUAGUCCGGAACAGCUGGUGCCAGAAGCGGAGUACGACCCCAGCAAGGCGCGCUACCACCCCGUGCGGGACGCGUGCUGGGCGCGCGGCCGGCCCGUGCCCUACCUGGCGCUGGCGCGGACGCUGGAGCUGGUGGAGGCCACCUCGGCGCGCCUCAAGAUCAUCGACACACUGGCCAACUACCUGCGCUCCGUGAUAGCGCUGACGCCGGAGGACCUGCUGGCCAGCGUGUACAUGUGCCUGAACCAGCUGGCGCCGGCCUACGAGGGCCUGGAGCUGGGCGUGGCCGAGACCUACCUCAUGAAGGCCGUGGCGGGCAGCACGGGGCGCACGCUGGCGCAGGUCCGCGCGGGCGUGGCGCGCGAGGGGGACCUCGGCCGCGUCGCCGAGGCCGCGCGCGCCGCGCAGCGCACCAUGUUCCCCGCGCCGCCCCUCACCCUGCGCGGGGUCUUCGCCGCCCUACAGGACAUCGCGCGCACCACUGGCCAGGCUUCCAUGAACAAAAAGAUCAGCAAGAUCCAGACACUAUAUGUCGCUUGCAGACACUCGGAGGCCAGGUACCUUAUAAGGUCACUGGAAGGCAAGCUGCGCAUCGGUCUGGCGGAGCAGUCAGUGCUACAGGCGCUGGCGGUGGCCACGGUGCUGACUCCGCCGGGCCCCGACGGUGUCACAGAGCUCGACGCCUCAAAGAACAUGUCGCCCGAACAGUUCAAGGCGCGCGUGGAGUCGCAGGCGCUGAGCAUCAAGUCAGCGUACUGCCAGUGCCCGCACUACGGGCGCCUGCUGGCGGCCCUGCUGCGGCACGGCGCGUCCGCGCUGGCGGACCACGUGCGCCUGCAGCCCGGCAUACCGCUCAAGCCCAUGCUGGCGCAUCCCAGCAAGAACGUCUCGCACAUAUUCGACAGGUUCGAGGACGAGCAGUUCACGUGCGAGUGGAAGUACGACGGGGAGCGCGCCCAGAUCCACGUGCCGGCCGGGGCCGACGGCACCGCGCCCGACCUGCAGGGCGCAGCCGUCUUCAGCAGGAACCAGGAAAAUAACACCAGCAAGUACCCGGACAUCCUGCGCCGCCUGCCCGCGCUGCUUAAGGAGUCGGUGACGAGCUGCGUGCUCGACUGCGAGGCUGUCGCAUACGACACUGAGAAGAAGCAGAUCCUGCCCUUCCAGGUGCUGUCGACGCGCAAGCGCAAGGAGGCGCGCGAGGAGGACAUCCGCGUGCAGGUCUGUGUCUUCGUGUUCGACCUCCUCUACCUCAACGGGGAGUCCACCGUGCAGCGCCCUCUGCUGGAGCGCCGGGCCUUGCUGCGGGAACACUUCCGGGAGACUCCAGGCGAGUGGCAGUUUGCGACCAGUCGGGACUGUACCACGGUGGACGAGGUGCAGCAGUUCAUGGAGGAAGCCGUGAAGAACUCCUGCGAGGGACUCAUGGUGAAGGCGCUCAGUGGAGAGCAAGCGCGGUACGAUAUCGCGCGCCGCUCACACAACUGGCUCAAGCUGAAGAAGGACUACCUGGACGGAGUGGGCGACACGCUGGACCUGGUGGUGAUCGGCGCGUACCUCGGGCGCGGCAAGCGCGCCGGCGUGUUCGGGGGCUUCCUGCUGGCGUGCCGCGACCCCGACAGCGAGCAGUACCAGGCGCUGUGCAAGCUGGGCACCGGCUUCAGCGACGACCAGCUCCGCGACCUCACGGCCGAGCUGCGGCCGCUGCAGCUGGCCGCGCCGCGCGCCUACUACAGCGCCGGCGCCGCGCCCGACGUCUGGCUCGACGCCGCCGCCGUCUGGGAGGUCCGCGCCGCCGACCUCUCGCUGUCGCCCGCGCAUCGCGCCGCCAUCGGACGCGUCGCGCCCGACAAGGGCAUCUCGCUGCGCUUCCCCAGGUUUGUCCGGGUGCGUCCGGACAAGCGGCCGGAGCAGGCGACGACGGCGGCGCAGGUGGCCGACAUGUACCUGGCACAGGACCAGGUCAAGAACUCCGCCGCCUCGCUCGCACACUACGACGAAUUCUACUAAACGCGCCGCACGC